GCGAUAUUUUCCGUGUCGUCUCAUCCUGCCUUCGUGGUAUUGUACAACAAGUCAAAAACAACAUGGCGACCCACAGGAUAGCAUGUUUAGGGUUAAAUGCCCUUUAUUCCGCUGUCUGUGCCCCAAAGCAGGCCCUGAGGAGCUGCUGGGGGGCCGUGGAGCAGGUGAGAGGUUACUAUGUGGACUGGAGGAUGCUGAGGGAUGUCAAGAGAAGGCAGAUGGCCUUUGACUAUGCAGAUGAGAGGGUACGGAUCAAUGCACUGAGGAAGAACACCAUCUUACCCAAAGAACUUCAGGAGAUUGCAGAUAAAGAAAUUGCUGCACUACCCAGAGACAGCUGCCCUGUGAGAAUACGCAACAGGUGUGUGAUGACUUCUCGACCCCGAGGAGUGAAGCGGAGGUGGAGGCUUAGUCGGAUUGUUUUCCGUCACUUAGCUGAUCACAACCAGAUGUCUGGGAUUCUGAGGGCAAGGUGGUGACUCGGGAUGCAUUGGACACUACAGCCUGACUAGAUCAUGAAAAACAGGCUGUUUCAAUGGUUAUGAUCGGAAGAGGAGGACAUUAACAUUCAGUACUGGCUUGUUUUGGCCUUUUGGUGUCUGGAUUCUUUAGUGGUAUUAACUAUAAGAAAACCAUCUAACCACCACCCAAAAAAGCCUGGAAUCCUGUACAUUUUUAAAUUGAAUCCACUGAGAUCACUGCAGCCAGACAUUAAUAUGUCCAUGUUUCAUUGUGUUUCUUCUAAACAUGAAAAAAAACAAAAUACCUAAUAUUUAAAGAGGAAAUGAUAACGUGAUUUCUCAGAGGAGUAAAUGUCCAUGUAACUUACUGUACUCAGAAAUUGAUGAAUAAAUAUUGUUGCAUAUUACUAA